AUGGGUGUUACUAAGACCACUCACAACGAGGGCUCCGGCGCCAUCCCUAAGCCUGGCCAGACCGUCACCAUUGAGUACACCGGUUACCUCAAGGACACUUCCAAGCCCGACAACAAGGGCAGCAAGUUCGACUCUUCGGUCGGCCGCGGCGACUUCGUCACCCGCAUUGGUGUCGGCCAGGUUAUCAAGGGCUGGGAUGAGGGCGUCACCCAGAUGAAGGUUGGCGAGAAGGCCACCCUCGACAUCACCAGCGACUACGCCUACGGCGAGCGCGGCUUCACCGGCCACAUUCCCCCUAACGCUGACCUCAUCUUCGACGUCCACCUGAAGAACGUCAACUAA